AUGUCAGGUUACUACAAGUUGGCAGGGUUUAUGGUGGAGGAGGACUAUCCUAUCGUCCGAAAAUACCAGCAGUUAGCUGCUCGCGAUCUUCUACUCAUGCAAGCUGAACUCAGUCACCUCGAACAUAGCUAUUUAUCAGUUGAGAAGAAUGAUUCGGAGCAAAAGGACGAGAGAGAGUUGUAUCACCUAGAUUGGGAACUUAUGCACACCUCCGAUCUUCGUGGGUUCAAUGGGGAGCAGUGGACAAUCUCACUAGCAAUAAGAGCGAAGUUGGCGGAAUACCAUGAUGCUAUGCUGAAAUACGCUAAAGUGGUUUCACUGCCGCAGCCCAAACCCAGAGAGCGUUCUUUACUCCACGAGUGGAUUACUAGUCCAGCAUUAGGCGGAGGUUGCGGAUUUCUCGGGAGAGACCUUGGUGGUUUUGAACAGCCUUCUGUUUACGAUCCAAAGUUUCAAAAUGAUCUUGUGAUUUUAACCAAUAAUCAUGGAGAAAACGACAUUUUCACCCAUUUUGUGACGGGACCGGGCUUGAGAUGGAGUCAUAAACUUUUUAAAUAUUUCAAGAAACCAGUCCCUGUCGAUAUCGAAAGCUCUCCCGUCGGAGAGAGCAAAAAUGCGUUGUACCAUUACGAUACAAAACAAGUCCACGCCAUUACCAACAUCUUUGGAACAAUAUUGUCUUCUUUAGCACCUUUGACAUCGAUCAUCGCGCUGUCUUUCGUAACGGGCUCGAGAGCAAGACUUGGGCUAAUAUGCACAUUCACCCUAUUAUUUUCAUCUUGUUUAGCUGUGGCUACGAAAGCUAGGCGAGUCGAGAUAUUUGCUGCAACCGCGGCAUUUGCUAGUGUUCAGGUCGUCUUCAUCGGAAGUUCGAAUUUCACAAGUUGA